AUGAGGUUCUUCGCGUGGAUCAGGUGCAAAACCGAGUACAGAAGUGUCGCUCUGCUCGGAGGGAUUUGGGCCAUCUCUUGCCUUCCUCUGCUCUCAGGCUCUCACAUCACUUUGUUCCAUAUCCUCAAGGAGAUCGAAGACUUCCAAGAUCGUGGGUCGGCGGCGCCCAAAUUGCGCAUCUCAAGGAAGUUGCUCCUGCUUCAGCCGAGUGUUGAGGAAAUGGUUCUGCUGCGACUGCCUUUCCGGUCCCUGUUUUCCUGGCUCUUCUACAGUCCAAUUGGAAUCUGGAGAUCUCAUCCCCAUGGCUCACCUCUCAAUCGGCUCUCGCGUCCUCGCAGUCUCCUAAUGUCAAGCGCUACUUCUACGUCCUCGUACUCGUUGUCGCUUCACCUGAUCUUCAUAAAUGUGGAAAUGGUCCCAACAGGCCGUGAUGAGGGAGGAGAAGACAAGUACAGCCGAGUUGUGAUGUUUUUCGACCGAAGGCCGAAGGAGAUUGCGGAAUAUUUUUCCUUCACCACCCUGACAAAUCACACGAUUCACAUCUCGGCCAGUCAUCUCAUCUACACCAAAGAAGGAUCUCACGAUCCUCUCGCCACCAAGUAUGCGUGGGAAGUGGAAGAAAAGGAAUAUCUUUCGGUGAAAGAGGUGGAUGGGAAUAGGAGAUGGAAGGAAUCCCCCGUCGUCCUCAUCGGUUCACACCUCCAACAAGGGGCGUACGUGCCGAUCACGGAGGACGGCUCCAUUGUCGUGGACGGGAUUCUCGCGUCAUGCUACGCCUCCUUCCCUCAUCGCUUGAGCCACUUGGCCUCGAUCCCCGCUCGGUGGAUCCCGGAAGCCUGGAUACCCUUCUACGUGCAGACUCUGAAGGCCCUGGGGAAUCUCAUGUCGUGGGAUCAAACCCCGGGGAUGAAGAUGGGUGCGAUUCGCCGAGUGCCAACCGGUCGUCGGAUCCUCGAUUCCAUUCAUUCUCCGUCUCUCCGGUUCCUUCUCCUCUCUCUCACCACCCUCUGA